AUGGAAAAUGGGAAUAUCACCACAUAUUUCAUUCUCCUAGGACUCUUUAACACCACCAGAACCCACCAGUUUCUGUUUGUGAUGGUCCUGACGAUUGCUUUCACCUCUCUAGUGGCCAAUGCCCUUGUGCUUCUCCUGAUUUUCAGGGACCGCCAGCUCCACACACCCAUGUACCUCCUCCUGAGCCAACUCUGCCUCAUGGAUCUGAUGCUGGCUUCCACUACUGUGCCCAAAAUGGCUGCUGACUACCUGACUGGAACGAAGUCCAUCUCCUCUGGUGGGUGUGGGUUGCAGAUUUUCUUCUUGGUUACUCUGGGUGGUGGAGAGUGUUUCCUCCUGGCUGCCAUGUCUUAUGACCGCUAUGUGGCUAUUUGCCAUCCACUGAGAUACCCCAACCUCAUGAGCUGGCAGUUUUGCCUGAGAAUGAUUUCGGGGUCUUGGUUCCUGGGAGCAGCCGAUGGACUCAUGCAAGCUGUUGUUGCCUUGAGCGUCCCAUUUUGUGGUGUACACGAGAUCGAUCAAUUCUUCUGUGAGGCUCCCAUGUUGAUGCGCUUGGCUUGCACUGAUACAUCUGUCUUUGAGUAUGUCAUGUACGUCUGCUGUGUGUUAAUGCUCCUGGUCCCCUUUUCCAUCAUCCUGACCUCUUACAGUCGCAUCCUCACUGCUGUUCUGCAAAUGCAUUCUAGGGAAGCCGGCAAGAAGGCCAUUGCCACCUGUUCGUCACAUUUGGCUGUGGUGGGACUCUUUUAUGGAGCUGCCAUUUUUAUCUACAUGAGACCCAAAUCCUACAGGUCAGCUGACCACGAUAAGGUGGUUUCAGCAUUCUACGCUAUCUUCACCCCUGCAUUCAACCCCCUCAUCUACAGUCUGCGGAACAGUGAUGUCAAGGGAGCCCUGAGGAAGUGGAUGGGUCAGUGUGCUGCCUUAAAUCGUUAUUAGGAAAGCAUUAAUUUGCCCCAACUUUCAUGGCAAUACAAAGUGAUUAUGUGGGAUUUCCUGGAGAGAAGGUACAUUCUUCUGUACAUGUACAUCUUUUGUUUCUGUUUUACAUAGAAUUGCAUGCUAAUCUCCAUACUUUGGGUUGAUUUACUGAGAUGUAAUCACCAGAUCAAAUUGUGGAAUACUAAAAAUUUGUGAGUCAUACAUCCUUAAUAAAAUGUAUCCAUAUAAUGCCCCAUAAUGAAUUGUUGUUCAAAGGGUGAAUUAACUAUUCAAGCAAUUUUAAGGGGCUAAUUGCUGCCAUUUGUUUCAAGUAGAGGUGUGAUUUUUACA